ACAGAAAAUUCAAAAGCACUCAAUCCAAACAGUACCUAAACCAAAAAUAGGGGUCGCGAAAUCAAAAUUGGACAAGGAAAGUGUGGGUGGGCCAACGUAGAACGUUGCAGAUCAGAGGGCAGAGCCGUAGAGGGCCGGGGGCCCAAUAAAAAAAAGAGGAAAAAAACCAAAAAGAAAAAGAAAAAAAAAAAAGCUAAGGCCGUUAUCUUCCCGCGAAACGCUUCUCCAAUCCCCUCCACGUUUACUCAAUAAUGGCGUCAAUUUCAGCUGUCGCUUCUCUGCCGCAAUCGCCGACGUUAUCCGCCGGAAAAACUUCAUCCACGAGAUGGCGGCGUGGGCCAAUGGCCAUACACUCUGCUCUUCAUCAGCAAGUUCAAAAUUCCUCUGAUUCUACGUUACGCGGGGAAAGAAGUCUGGUAAUUGAGCGAAGAAAAGUGGUGGUAGCAGCAUUAGGGUUUGCAGCUGGAGCACUGUGGCGUUCUUCAAUAGAAGAUGGAACAGCCACCGCAGCUGAAUUUACCGAUAUGCCAGCACUUCGGGGGAAGGAUUAUGGAAAAACAAAGAUGAAGUUUCCAGACUAUACAGAGACUGAAUCAGGUCUUCAAUACAAGGACUUACGAGUAGGAGAUGGUCCCAAACCAAAGAUGGGAGAAACAGUCGUGGUUGAUUGGGACGGGUACACCAUAGGAUACUAUGGCCGUAUAUUUGAAGCUCGAAACAAGACAAAGGGUGGCUCCUUUGAGGGGGACGACAAAGAUUUCUUCAAAUUUAGACUAGGAUCACAAGAGGAAUGUUCAUGCUCGUCCCUGGUCCACAGUGUUACUGAAGCUGUUAAUACUUUAAAAUGUAUACACUUUAAAUGGCAUAUUCAGUUUAGAGAUAAUGUCAGAGAUACUUCUAGUUGGUUACAUGUCUAGUACAACUGCUUAAUGUAGCCAUACAAAUUGGAUAACCUAGGAGAAAAGAAUUAAUGUGGCUGCCUGCUUCUUAUAAUUCAGGUAAUUCCAGCUUUUGAGGAAGCUGUUUCAGGAAUGGCUCUGGGAGGCAUUAGGAGGUGCUUCUUCUGCUUUUCUGAAAUAAAUAAUAUUGUUUCAAGCUUCUGUCUAGUUUUUCUGGAUAACAGCAUUGCCUGUCCAAGAGUAUCUGUUGAUAACAAUGCAGUGUAUAUGAACCUAGUGUGUGCCCAGUGCUCUAAGCAUAAACAUAGCUUGUAUCCAAAGUGCAUUCCAGCAGUCCUUCUCUGUUCUUUGGGGAAACUGUAAAACUUCGAGACCUAGUUUACUGCCAGAGCACAACCUGUUUCUCUGGAUCUUAAUAAGGAAUUCAGAAUCAAACCCUUGUUUCUGUCUUUGUAUGAAUAUGGUAUGUCAAUUUCACGGUUUACUUCACAGUGAUGCAGGAUCAUAGUGCCCCCAGAACUAGGAUAUCCUGGAAAUGACUAUAACAGAAGUGGUCCAAGGCCAACAACCUUCUCGGGCCAACGGGCUUUGGAUUUUGUGCUGAGGAACCAAGGGUUGAUAGACAAGACUUUGCUGUUUGAUAUUGAACUCCUUAAAAUCAUACCAAACUGAUCUUUCAUUGAAGUCUUUAUAUCUUAAUCUCUAUCUUGAGGGAGGUGAAUUUAAUCUGGCAUCAAUGGGACCAUAUUGCAAAACACCAGAUUGGCAGAAGCUAAAGAACCUAGGUGGAGGGUUUCUUUCAUGAAGCUAGAGAAGGCAGUGUUCUGUUGGAUAAUUUUCAUGCUAUAUUCUUGAGAUGAAGUAUCAAGAUUUAGCUGCUAAUUUUUUUCUUGUAUUCCCUGUUCUAGCCUACCGAAAAAAUGGUCUAAAGAUGGGUUAGAUUUACCAUUGUCCAAAUUUUGUUAUUCCAAAUCCCUACAUCAGCGUUAAAAGUUUACAAUGUAUCAUAAGAGAUGGCUUAUAUAUUGAUAUUGCUGGUAUGGUAAUGAAUGAGCAAUGUGUUG